UCCCCGGAGGAGCUGGGACUGUGGCCGCGGGUUCCGCCGCCUCGGGAGCCUUCGGAGCCCUCAGUUCAGCGAGGUGGUGGCGGCGGGGGGCGCGGCGGCGGGUCUCCCGCGCGGCCGCGAUGCUGAGCUCCCGGGCCCAGGCGGCGAUGACCGCGGCCGACAGGGCCAUCCAGCGCUUCCUGCGGACCGGGGCGGCCGUCAGAUAUAAAGUCAUGAAGAACUGGGGUGUUAUAGGGGGACUUGCUGCUGCCCUUGCCGCAGGGAUCUAUGUGAUUUGGGGUCCCAUUACGGAAAGAAAGAAGCGUAGAAAAGGGCUGGUGCCCGGGCUGGUCAACUUAGGGAACACCUGCUUCAUGAACUCCCUGCUGCAAGGCUUGUCUGCCUGCCCCGCUUUCAUCAAGUGGCUGGAAGAGUUUACCACCCAGUACACCAGGGAUCAGAAGGAGCCCCCCCCACACCAGUAUUUAUCCUUAACCUUGUUGCACCUCCUCAAAGCUUUGUCCUGCCAAGAAGUUACUGACGAUGAGGUCUUAGAUGCGAGCUGCUUGUUGGAUGUCUUAAGAAUGUACAGAUGGCAGAUCUCUUCAUUUGAAGAACAGGACGCCCACGAGUUAUUCCACGUCAUUACCUCGUCCUUGGAAGAUGAGCGGGACCGGCAGCCCCGGGUCACACAUUUGUUUGAUGUGCACUCCCUGGAGCAGCCAGAGAUAACUCCUAAACAAAUAACCUGCCGUACGAGAGGGUCACCUCAUCCCACGUCCAAUCACUGGAAAUCCCAGCAUCCCUUCCAUGGAAGACUUACGAGCAACAUGGUCUGCAAACACUGUGAGCACCAGAGUCCCGUUCGAUUCGAUACCUUCGAUAGCCUUUCACUGAGUAUUCCAGCUGCCACAUGGGGGCAUCCACUGACCCUGGACCACUGCCUUCACCACUUUAUCUCAUCAGAAUCAGUGCGGGACGUCGUAUGUGACAACUGUACGCAGAUUGAAGCCAAAGGGACGUUGGAUGGGGAGAAGGUGGAACACCAGAGGACCACCUUUGUCAAGCAGCUGAAACUAGGGAAGCUCCCUCAGUGUCUGUGCAUCCACCUGCAGCGGCUGAGCUGGUCCAGCCACGGCACGCCCCUGAAGCGCCAUGAGCACGUGCAGUUCAAUGAGUUCCUGAUGAUGGACAUCUACAAGUACCACCUCCUGGGGCACAGACCCGGGCAGCACAGCCCUAAGCCCGGCGAGAGCGCGGGGCCCUCACUCGACCUGCAGGACGGGCCGGCCGCCCCCAGAUCAGUUUUGAAUCAGCCAGGGGGUCCGAAAACACAAAUUUUUAUGAAUGGCGCCUGCUCCCCAUCUUUAUUGCCUACCCUGCCAGCCCCAAUGCCCUUCCCCCUCCCAGUUGUUCCUGACUACAGUUCCUCCACGUACCUCUUCCGGCUGAUGGCGGUUGUCGUCCACCAUGGAGACAUGCACUCAGGACACUUCGUGACUUACCGACGGUCCCCACCUUCGGCCAAGAACCCUCUCUCCACCAGCAACCAGUGGCUGUGGAUCUCCGAUGACACCGUCCGCAAGGCGAGCCUGCAGGAGGUGCUGUCCUCCAGCGCUUACCUGCUGUUUUACGAGCGCGUCCUUUCCAAGAUGCAGCACCAGGGCCGGGAGUACAGGUCGGAGGAAUGACCACCCCGGCUCCGGAGCUAGAGCCGCGGCACUGUCCACACGGGCCAGGAACAAGGCAAAAUCAGACUGUGUGUGUGCACGCAAGAGGCCCCACUAGAGUCCUCAGCCUUCUGGUGUGUUCUAAGAGCAGGCUCCGUGCAGGAGCCAGUGGCCCCAGUUCAAACCAGAUCAGGCUCCCUGAAUGGUGCGCACCGGACGGUGUCCUUGUGCUGGGACAGCAUUCAUUCUGUCUAGAACGUCUUUUUACUCACCUGCUAAUUAAAAGAAAUCCAACUCUGGAA